UAUUUCCUGUAUUCGAGGCUCGAAAUGUUUGGCCAACUGAAAUGAGAGAUGAGUAUGCCAGUUUGGGUUUGGAUAGACAAGCAACAUUUGCUGGAUGCAGAAACAUGGCUGACGGAAAAGCAGAUGAAGUUGUUGAAAUUAACUUCCAAGAAACUAAGCCAUUGUUAACGCAAGUUGCAGGACAUAAGGCUGGAAUGCUUGAUAUUGGUAAUGGUCGAGUGUUGAAGACCGUUCAAAGGCCACCUCGUGGAACAUGUGAACUCAACUUUUACAGAAAAGUGUUUGAUGUCAGCUGCAGGGAUGAAAACAUUUUAUCCUUGAGAAGGUUCCUUCCAGCUUUCCAUGGAACAGUUGUGAAAGAUGGAGUGAUGUACAUGAUCAUGGAUAACGUCUGUGCGAAGUUUAAGAAUCCAUCUGUGUUGGACAUCAAGAUAGGAUUCGUGAGGACAGACCCAGAGGCCACUGAAGAGAAAGCCAUACGGGACAGACAAAAAUGUCCGUAUGCCGAAACGCUUGGUUUUCAACUCUCAGGAAUGAUGGUAUACAAUGAAAACACUGGUGCCAUCGACAGACUUGAAAAAAGAGCUUGUCAUAAAAUUUCAGAAGACUUUAUUAUAGUUGAUGGUUUAGGGAAGUUUUUUGGACUUAAACAAAGGCUGAGAAAGGAUGCCAUUUGUGCUUUAAUUAAAAAAAUCAAUGACAUUGAGAAAUGGUUUUCAUCCCAGACAUCAUUUGCAUUUUACGCCAGCUCUCUUCUGAUCAUAUACGACAGUCCCAGUCCCGGUGAAUGUGGAUCGAAGCACACGGACAGUACGACAGGCCACAAUGACAGAAUAUGUGAGAAUCACACAGACCGACUGGAAACCGAUGCCGAACUGGCCCUCGUUGACGUACGCAUCAUUGACUUUGCCCAUGUGUUUCCGUCAUCGAAAAUUGAUGAAAAUGUUUUAUUCGGUAUACGCUCGCUGUUGAGAUACUUAGAUCAACUUUUACAAAUGUAAAAAAAAAAAAAAAAAUUAAAAAUUAAAAUAUAUAUAGUUAUUGUUGUAGAAACACUGCUGAGUCCUAGGACAUAAUUUAUGUGACUGGAUCUAAUCUAGUUUGUUUGUCCAGUCUAUAUUUUUUAUCUCUGUUUGAUGGAAACCGAGUUUUGAGGUUCUCUCAUUUUACAUUUUAAGAUGCAUCGAGCUCAUUCCUGAAUAAUUUUUAUAAUGUGAUCUAACUCAUCAUUUCAGAAGCAAGUUUGUUGGUAACUAUUUUGUAAUUUUAUAGAUGGUAUUAUUUUUUUAAUACUAUAUUUUCCAUAAUAAAUUACGGUUGUAAUAUUUUUUUUUUUUAAUUUAGGAGUUGAUUAUAUUCUAUAAAGUAGUAUAUGCAUGUAUAUUUGUCAAAUAACUGUCUAUAUAUCAUAGUCCCUUAUUAUAUGUGUUUAACAAUAUAUAUUUUAUUAUAUAUGGAUGUGUUAUUAACUCUUUCCCUUACAUAUACAUGCACUGUCCUUAUGCAUGUAUUACUUUAUGUUAAGUAAAUUUAAUUACUUGUUGAACUUUAACAAACAUAAAAUAACUUGCCAUCAGUUGAACUAAAGGUUUCUGUUGGCUUAAAAUAUGAUCAUGUAUUAACAAGCCUUUUCAUUCCAAAUAUUUAGUGUUCCAAUAAUUAAAACUCCCUUAGAAUGUUCCUUUUUAGUCCCCUACUAGUCCAAUUGGAGGGGAUUAUAGGUUUCAUCUCCAUCCUUAUGUCUGUCUGUCUGUCUGUCUGUCUGUCUGUCUCUCCCACAUAAUUUUCCGGAUCAUCUUUUCGCAAUGCCUCAAGAUAUUGAGCUAUUUCAUAUAGCUUUACCAUGUACUGUUACACUGGUGGCACCUAAGUCUGCGCUAUAUUUGUGCUAUAUUUUAAAGUUAAAAUAUUUGUUUAAAAAUAUUUGUUUCACCGCCACAGUAAACAUGUUACAACUAAAGUUAUUUUAAUUUUAAUGUUUUUUAAACUCAAGUCAUGAGCACAUUUUUAGUGGGACCCCCCUGCAUUUACUGGCCUGCAUGAUGGCACAUAAGUCUGCGCAGAAAACAUUAAAACAACCACUUCUGUCGCUAAUGUUUACAUAAAACAGCAACAAACAAUGGAUCCAACUUUUAUAAGUUCUGCUUAAGAAACAUUUACAUUGUGCAGAUGAGAUAAAUAUAAAUGGUGUUCCAUGCUCCUUAGUUUGGACAACACAAAAUGAUAAUAUAAAAAAAAGCCAAUGUAAAAAUAUUUGAUCAUUAUUCAACAAAAAUUGUCUGUUAUUAACUGUGUAAAUGAGCACAAAUAGUGUUCGUUAGACAUAUAGGACAAUCAAUGAUAAUUUUGAAACAGACUAUAGCUAAAAUAGGCCAUGCUGUAAGUGCAAUCUUCAAAGUCUGUGUGCAGCCAUAUUGGUUGUGUUGUGUCACUCGAAGGGAAAUUCAAAGUAUGCUUGGAUGUUUACGUCAACAGAUAAAAUAAAACAUUCAUUUCAUUUAUGGAUUCAUAAAUUACAAUAAGGUAUGUAUUGAAGCUUCUAUGUAAAUUUAUG